UAGCAAGAAAGGCAUUUGGGGUAUUUUUCAAAUUUUGAGCUAGAAUGUUAACAUCGGAUUAUUCUCAAAUUCUGUAGUAAAUUAUAUUUUCUGUUUCUUGUUACUCAGAACAUAAUCACGGAAAUAAUAUUUGACAAAUUUAGCUUCAGUGAAGUACUGCAAAUGUGUGAAUGAGCUUUUAUUUUUAAACAAAUUCCCGUCAAACAGGAAACAUAUUUCUCUUAAUGUCGUAGAUGUACAGGUCUGGACAAAGCCGCGACUGAAAAACAUGAGUCGCCGCAACCGUUCUCUUCCAAUUUGACAAAUGCCUAUGUAAGAAAAAUCGAAUUGAAUACAACAAUCGCGGGUCCAGUGGACUCCUCAUCAACAUGGCAACUGAUGAGGAGAGGGGCGUAGUGCGUGUCAAAGUCAAGAAGUGUGAGGGGAUGCUGCCAGUGGAGUUUCGCUCAUUUGCUGUGGAUCCUCAGAUAACAUCACUUGAGGUGCUACAGCACAUCCUCAUCCGAGCCUUUGAGUUAAAUGGCAAACGCAACUUUGGAAUAAGUUACCUAUCCCGGGACCGUGGAGGUUUGGAAGUGUAUCUUUCGCUCCUGUCUGACUGGGAUUUAGAUGCUGCAUUUGUCAGUGCAGCUAAACCUUAUCUACAACUCAAGAUGGACAUUAAGCCUGCCGAAGACAGUCCCGUUAUGGAAGACUGGGACAUAAUAAGCCCCAAAGAAGUGAUUUGUUCUGACCAGCUUCCUGGGGAUAGGAGGUCCUUGGCGGCUGCUGCCCUCCCCUUCACCCAGUCCCUACUGUCCCAGAUGAUGGGUCGAACACUGUCCAGAGUACAACAGGCCUUGAGCUGGUCUUAUGGGGAGGAGGUGAAGCCUUUCAAGCCCCCAUUGAGCGAUGCGGAGUUCCACAGUUACCUCAACGGCCAGGGCCAGCUUUCCCGACCAGAGGAACUGAGGCUACGCAUCUAUCAUGGUGGGGUAGAGCCUUCACUACGCAAGGUUGUGUGGCGUUACCUCCUGAACGUGUACCCCGAUGGGCUGACCGGUCAGGAGAGGAUGGACUACAUGAAGAGAAAGACUAGAGAGUACGACCAGCUGAAGGGGGAGUGGUCAGCUAGGGUCAGUCCAGAGGACCUGGAGUUCAUCAGGGGCAACGUACUGAAGGAUGUCCUGAGGACCGACAGGGCCCAUCCCUAUUACGCCGGCUCCGAGGACAGCCCCCACCUCACCGCUCUCACGGACCUGCUUACCACCUUUGCCAUUACACAUCCACAGGUGUCGUACUGCCAAGGCAUGAGUGACAUCGCUUCUCCGAUACUUGCCGUUAUGGACAAUGAGGCACAUGCAUUCAUCUGUUUCUGUGGCAUCAUGAAACGCCUAGAGGGCAAUUUCCGCCCGGAUGGCCAACUCAUGUCCGUCAAGUUCCAGCAUCUGAAGCUGCUACUGCAGUACUCCGACCCCGAGUUCUACUGUUACUUGGUGUCCCGCGGAGCUGAUGACCUGUUCUUCUGUUACCGCUGGCUGCUCUUGGAACUCAAACGGGAGUUUGCCUUCGACGAUGCCCUGAGGAUGCUGGAGGUCACCUGGAGCUCCCUGCCUCCUGAUCCUCCCGAAACGGAAGUGGAGCUUUUUGGGCCGCCCCUAGAGACAGACCAGACCAGGAUGACAUCUGAGAGUGGUGUUGAAAAGAGGCCUGCUUUCACAGGUGAAGAAGAAGGGGAGCAGAAAGAGAAGCAGCGGAGACGACACAUGUUGAGGCCUUCAAGAGAGGAGGCAGACGGCGGGAGAAAGAUCGACAUGGAGGAAGGAGAGCGGGAGGACAGAGAAGCCAUAAGAGAGGGUGAGGGGAACUUUGACAUGCCUUACGUAGGAAAGGAGAAGGCGCACAAUAAUGCGCCUGUUCCUCCCUUUGAGAAGCAGACCAGUUUUGGUGAGUUCAAAUACUACAAUGCACGCAACAAGGACAGCUUUGAUUUCGUGGAGAGAGACCCACCAGAGGGUCCUGUUGAGAUGGAAGCCUCCUUGCACCCUGUAUCAAGUCCACUGGCCCGGCAGGUCACCGAGGACAGUGAGGAGGAUCCAGGGGAGAGGGCACCUCUUAUAACGGAUGAUGACAAGUCCUCCAGCCCAGAGACGGAGGAGAGGAGCUCCCCUAAUGGACAAACAGCCUCUCCGGUCUCCCCAUUUCCUCAUGGUCUGCCAAGCUGGAAGAAUGGUUCCUCUCCGUCUCCAGGCUCCACUCCCUCCCCCUCAAGUUGGAGAGGUGCCCUCCCAGACACCCCGUCACCAAAGUACACCUCCCCCAUUUUACCCAAUGGAAGGGUUGAGUCGCCAGAGAAAGCCACAAGAGGAUUUGCUUCCUUUGCCUCGGUGCCAAAUGGAACCGGAGCUAACUCUCCCGCUACCCCCACAGGGAGGUCCUUGGUUUCCUCUCCCCUACUGACUAGAUCAUUGCUCUCCUCCCCUAUUUUGUCCUUCGGGAGAGCUCUUCCUUCGCUGCCGGUCAGCACAGUGAACAAGUCCUUUCCCAGUAACCUCCCUUCUCCUUGCAGCAGAGCCUCCAGCACUGCGCCCAACACUCCAAAUUCAACCAAACCAGAGAAUACCACCAUCAAACCUUGUUCCCUGCCACCGCCUCAAGAGUUUGGUAAAGGGAAUCCUUUCAUGUUGUUCCUGUGCCUGUCAAUCCUGUUGGAGCAUCGAGACCACAUUAUAAAGAACAGCUUUGAUUACAACGAGCUGGCUAUGCACUUUGACCGCCUUGUUCGGCGACACAAUCUGGGCAGGGUGCUGCAGCGCGCCAAGGCCUUGUUUGCGGACUACCUGCAGAGUGAGGUGUGGGAUUCGGAGGAAGGGGAUGAGGUCAGCUCGGACUCGCCCACCACAGUCACUGCUGCUUUCCACUCCCCGCCACCCUCUGCCACCAGGCCUCUUUUUACCCCUUUGUCAUCCUCUCCAAACUCCACCUAUAACCUGGCUGACACCAUACCUUCCCCUUCUUCACCUAUCUCCCUCUCUCCCUCCUCUUGACUUCUGUCACUAUAUCCCCAACACAUUUACAGUACAAUGAGUAAUGGUUGCCUAGUCCAGCUGCUUGUCCCUUUAUUUUUGCUCAUCUUAUUUAGCUCUCCACCCAUACCAGACUUGACUAGGAGGUUACUACUGUUAGUUUUUCAUGUCUAUGCUGUCAGUAUUGCUCCUCUCCAUUUCCUCUAAUCGACAAGUUCUCAUGCUUACUCUUGCCUUGCUAUGCACUCAUCCAUUGAGUUUUUACUGUUUCAAACUUUUAGUUACAGGGAUAAUAAUGUUUCAAAUACCUUUUACCUUUAUAUGAGGGCCCAGGGCUGGACACAUUGUGUUGCCCACGGUUAACAUGGAUAAGAACCUCAUUGGAUAAGCCGCAACUGUGUCUUCUUGACCAAAGAGCUCUAGUUGUGUGAUCACACUGCUAAGAACCAAAACUGGCACAUUGCUAGUCUGGACUUUUUAGCAUAACUGCAGUGUGUAUGGUUACUGGUUCAAGCUCUGCCCCCUCUGUUCCCUGACUUGGCUACAGUUGGAGUGGUCGCUGGCCAUUGGAAGUAUGGAGAAAUAUGAACAGUAUGAAUGAGUCAUGCGACUCCUCUUAAAAAUGCCCUGUUGAGAAUAUAUCAAAUAUGCCUGUAUUUGACUACACACAUGCCAGCAUAGUGAUUAUGAGGACACUAACAACAGCAACUGAGCUUUGUAAAGGUUAUAUUCAUGAGUCAGUAAUUGCAUUGUGUAUCAUUACAUUUUCUAUCAAAAUAAUUUAAAUACUGUAUCAUUUUGGUGUUGCAAGAUCACAUUUUAAAUGUCAAGGUGAGAUGAAGUUAUUUUCUUUGGAAAUACUAUGAAGCAUGUUGUGCCCCAUAGGAAUCUGAAUGGCAAAGAAAAGUUACAGUAUAUUGGGAGAGGCCUUAUAAGAAAUCAAUGGGUUUCAGUACUGCAGUUUCAUGGCCAGUUUCUGCAUUUGCGCUCACAAUUGACUGUUUGCUUUUGAGUCACACGCAACCACUAUGAUCUGAACAAUAUACUGUAUUAAAUGGGAAUGUUUUGCUAUUCAGGGGUUCAAUGGAUCAUUUAAUCGAUAACAAACAUUGGAUGCACAAAUUAUGCGUUUGCCCUAGAUCAUGUAUGACUGGUACAUUGCACAAUGUGCACAUAGCUACUAUAUGGUGCUAAAAGAUUUCAUAAGGUAUAGGAUUCAUCAUGGCUUUAUGAGAAUGGUUUUAAAUGUGUAAAUUGUUAUACAGUGGGGCAAAAAAAGUAUUUAAGUCAGCCACCAAUUGUGCAAGUUCUCCCACUUAAAAAGAUGAGAGAGGCCUGUAAUUUUCAUCAUAGGUACACUUCAACUAUGACCGAUAAAAUGAGAAAAAAAAUCCUGAAAAUCACGUAGGAUUUCUUAAAUGAAUUUAUUUGCAAAUUAUGGUGGAAAAUAAGUAUUUGGUCACCUACAAAAGUUUAUCUCAAUACUUUGUUAUAUACCCUUUGUUGGCAAUGACAGAGGUCAAAUGUUUUCUGUAAGUCUUCACAAGGUUUUCACACACUGUUGCUGGUAUUUUGGCCCAUUCCUCCAUGCAGAUCUCCUCUAGAGCAGUGAUGUUUUGGAGCUGUUGCUGGGCAACACAGACUUUCAACUCCCUCCAAAGAUUUUCUAUGGGGUUGAGAUCUGGAGACUGGCUAGGCCACUCCAGGACCUUGAAAUGCUUCUUACGAAGCCACUCGGGCUCAUUGUCAUGCUGAAAGACCCAGCCGCGUUUCAUCUUCAAUGCCCUUGCUGAUGGUAGGCUUUGUUACUUUGGUCCCAGCUCUCUGCAGGUCAUUCACUAGGUACCCCGUGUGGUUCUGGGAUUUUUGCUCACCGUUCUUGUGAUCAUUUUGACCCCACGGGGUGAGAUCUUGCGUGGAGCCCCAGAUCGAGGGAGAUUAUCAGUGGUCUUGCAUGUCUUCCAUUUCCUAAUAAUUGCUCCCACAGUUGAUUUCUUCAAACCAAGCUGCUUACCUAUUGCAGAUUCAGUCUUCCCAGCCUGAUGCAGGUCUACAAUUUUGUUUCUGGUGUCCUUGCUCUUUGGUCUUGGCCAUAGUGGAGUUUGGAGUGUGACUGUUGAGGUUGUGGACAGGUGUCUUUUAUACUGAUAACAGGUUCAAACAGGUGCCAUUAAUACAGGUAACGAGUGGAGGACAGAGGAGAAGAAAAAAGAAGUUACAGGUCUGUGAGCCAGAAAUGUUGCUUGUUUGUAGGUGACCAAAUACUUAUUUUCCACCAUAAUUUGCAAAUAAAUUCUUUAAAAAUCCUACAAUGUGAUUUUCUGGAUUUUUUUUCUCAUUUUGUCUGUCAUAGUUGACGUGUACCUAUGAUGAAAAUUACAGGCCUCUCAUCUUUUUAAGUGGGAGAACUUGCACAAUUGGUGGCUGACUAAAUACUUUCUUGCCCCACUGUAUUGCACAGUUCUGGCCAUAUAUGGUCACCCCUGAACUUUUCUUAAAUAAUUCCCUAUUUAUUCUCUAAUAGGUUUAUUAAAAAAUUAUUGGAUUUUAAAACGAUGGACAAAUUUAAGCAUUCGAAGAAAAUAACACCCUCUCUACAAUAAAACAUGGGGAGGUGUGCUACCCCUGGUACUGGA